AUGUAUUUCAGUAUACGAAACCAUCAUGAGGCCUACGAACAUAUUUUGCGGGAAUCGUCAUCCCAUUCGUCGUGCCAAUUGGUAAUAUUCGUAUCUUGUUUGAAUGUAGACGCGCUUUGCGCGUCCAAAAUUCUGACAAAACUCUUUAAAAGACAGUUAGUACAGUUGCAAUUGGUGCCUAUUUUUGGAUAUUCGGAGCUGAAACACUAUUUCCAAGAAUUGGACGAUAAUAUCAACAGUGUGGUUUUGGUCGGAUGCGGUGGAAUGGUCGAUAUUGAAGAUUUCUUAGAAAUCGAUGCGCAGGAGUACCUGCUGGAGACAGAGCCUGUGAGGAAGUACAAGCGGAACAUAUACGUGAUGGAUUCACACAGACCUUGGAAUUUGGACAACUUGUUUGGAUCGCAGAUCGUAACUUGUUUGGACGAUGGAACCGUCGAAGAAAGUCUGGAAAAACAGAAAGAAGCAUACCUGGAUUACCUGAGAAUGACUGAGGAGCACCUCGAAGAUACGGGAGCCAGUUCUGCGGGCGACACCGAGGACGAUACACAGGACGAGACUGAGGAAGACGACGACAGCGAGAAUUCCAGCAGCCAGGUUAAACGCAAACGAAAAGGCAUGGCAACUUCUGCAUCGAAACAGAGGAAGAAACUCAUGCACAGAUGUGAAACACUACUUGAAGAAUAUUACGCGCAAGGUACGACCGUUUCGAACUCCAUAGCGGUUCAGACUUACUCGCUCAUAUCUUCCAUAGGGGAGACCAACCUCCAAUAUCUAUGGUUGGCGAUUUUGGGAGCGUCAUCGCUUGACAUAGCGUUCCCGCAGAUCUACGAACGUCUGCGACCUCUCCUGCAAGACGAAGUCAGACGGCUUUCGCCUCACGAAAAGAUCAAAACGCCGGACACGCUUACCGUCGAAAUUCAGCCGGAUUAUUUCCUGUUUUUACUGCGACAUUCGUCGCUGUACGACAGCUUCUUUUACUCCAACUACGUUAAUGCGAAACUGUCGCUGUGGAACGAAAACGGCAAAAAAACACUGCAUAAAAUAUUUGCUCGUAUGGGCAUUUCACUGUCGACCGCGCAAGAGAAUUGGCUUUACAUGGACAAUAGGGUUAAAAAGGAGCUUGGGGUGAUCUUUGACAAGAAUCUCGGAAGAUACGGUUUAGAGGGAAUUGUGAGAGAUGGCUUCGUGCGAACUUUUGGGUAUCGAGGGGCUGUCAGCGCCAGUGAAUGUGUCGAAUCCAUUACCGCAUUAUUAGAAAUGGGACAAAAAUCUGACGUUGAUAAACCAGAAGCGCUUCAAAAUAGCACUAACGCGACAACUUUGCAAGAGGGCCUAGAAGCGUCUCAGAAAUUGGCAGAAAGAGAAAGAAAACUGGUACGAAAUUUUUGGCUCAGUUGGGAUGCUCUCGAUGACAAGAUGGAACUCAUGCAACAGGGUUUAAAAGUCGCACAGGUUCUACAAAGAUCGGUUUUCAACACCGGAGUCGCGGUCUUGGAAAAAAAACUCAUAAAACAUUUGCGGAUUUACCGUCUGUGCAUUUUACAAGACGGUCCCGAUCUCGAGCUUUACCGUAAUCCGUUAACUUUGUUACGAUUGGGGAACUGGAUCAUGGAAUGCUGUGCAGAAGCAGAAGAAAAACAGCUCUUGCCAAUGGUUCUCGGAUGUCUCGACGCCACCACAGAGACUUACCUGUUAGCAGGUCUGCCGGCACGAUACCCGCGUGGUCUUGAUGCUCUGUCGAAAAAGCGUCCCAUACUGAACAACUUCAGCGUCGCUUUCCAGCAGAUCGCAACGGAAACAGGUGCCAAGGUCAGAAUUGACAAUUUUGAAAGCUCUAUUAUCGAAAUUAGAAAAGAAGACCUGGCCCCAUUUUUGGAAAAGCUAACUUUGAGCGGCCUUGUAUAA